UUGUGCACCAAACUGCCGAAAAGAAGACAAAUCCGGAACCGGGAAUAUUGGGCGCAAGCCUCGAACCCGAGUACUACUUCAAAACCAAUCCUAAAGAGAUCGGGGAGAAGAGGGGAAACCCCAAGCCCAAAAAAGACAGCCGCAAAGUAAAUCGGCAACCCACAGGUUUUCAGAUGGGUGCUCCGCCUGAUGGUUUCAAGGCAGCCAUCUCUCGAUUCGAGAAACAAGAAGUUAGAAUUGAGAACUUGGCUCGCCACACACAAAGGCAACUCAAAGAGAUCCAGAAGCCCCACGCGUCCUACGAGACCACCUUAGGUAGGACGCGCAACGUGAUAAUUCACGCUCCAGAGCCAGUUAUCUCCAACACCGCUCAACGGAUCGCUGCGGAGAAAACACUCAUUCUGAGUGUGCUGCGCAACGCCGGUUGUCACCUCAAAAUGACUUGGAAACGAGCACACAGGCUGGGAAAAUGGGUCACACCAAAACAGGAUGGCCUCCCUACCAGUCGACCUCUGCUAGUGGAACUCCGCAGUGCAAAAGAACGAGACUUUCUCAUAUCGAAGGCGCCAGUUAUCGCUAGCACAAUGACCAACAUCAAAAUCGGGGCAGACAACCGCACCCGUAAAGCGGUCAUCUCGGGUCCUCAC